CAUCGAAUGUUAAUAGAACAAGUAAAUUGUAUGGAAAUGUAACGGAUUUCCCCCACAGACAGAAUGUAUCCAGUGAGUUGAAUCCAAAAAACGUGGAGCAAGCUAACGCCCCAAAAAUAUUUGGAACCAUAAUGAGCAAUUCGGAGUUUGAUCAUUAUGCAAAAAGUUUAUUAAUUGUGACCGGUGAACGUUGUCGUCGUGACUUGAAUACGACACUUUGGGGCAUUAGGAAUGGCCACGAAUGGGCCACAGCAAUUUACGAUGCAAGUGUUAAGUCUGCAAUUGGCCUACAAAGUGGAGUCGUACAUCAAUUUGGACAUUACGACCAAUGUCUCAAUCGAGAGAUAUUUAACGAUCAGCCAGUGCAGCCCCAAUACUGUUUGCUCGAAGUACCCGUCAGUGGAAUCGUCGUACAGACUAGCUCACGUAAAAAAGAGGCUGCCUACUACACUGAAAAUGUGACCUCCUAUUGGGCUCUCUGUAUGCCCAUUAGCUGUUCGGCGGAGGAUAUAGCUAAAUAUGCGUCCAUGUCACUACAACGAGAUGUUGGGGACAAAACUCAACCGAAGUGUCAAUCAUUGGAUACAGGGAGAUUGAAUUUAACCAAAGGCAUGCUCAUCUAUGCUGGCAUCAUAUGCUUCUUCAUAUUAUUAGCCCUGAUUAGCACUAUCUGUCAUAUAUGUCUGCUGAUGAGAAAUGACCAGGGAAAAACGGCCAAAGAACUGAACCAGGAGGCAAAGCAACAGGAUUUGUUGACCAUGAUUGUGACUGGUUUCUCAAUUAUUGAAAACAGUCGCAAAUUGGUGCAAGUCACUGAAGAUGAGAUGGGUCUGAAGUGCAUCAAUGGCAUCAAGGCCUUGGCCAUGCUGCUCAUUAUCGCCGGCCAUGCGGUAUCCUUUAUUCUGGGUGGACCGAUGUACAAUGUUAGCUUUAUAAAUGAUCAAUUGCGGCUUCCUGUCUUUUCGUUCCUGACCAAUUCUUUGCUCUUCGCCGAUAUGUUUUUGCUGUUAAGCGGCUUUUUGCUGUGUCGCAUUUUACUAUUUGAGUUGGAGCGUCGGGGCGGCAAAGUGAAUCCUCUGAUGCUCUAUGUGGCUCGCUAUAUACGUCUCACUCCUGCCUAUAUUGCGAUAAUUGGAUUCUAUAUGACAUGGUUUCCCCAUAUAGGCAGUGGACCCAUUUGGAAUGAACGCAUUGGUCUGGAGAAAGAACGUUGCCAAGAUUCCUGGUGGCUUAAUAUACUCUACAUAAAUAAUUAUUUUGGCACCGAUAAACUGUGCAUGUUCCAAUCAUGGUAUCUAUCGGUCGAUUCUCAAUUGUUCUUUGUGGCUCCUUUUGUCGUGUAUGUCCUAUAUAAAUGGAAACAUUUGGGUUUGCGUCUACUCUGCUUUUUGGUGGUGCUAACUGCUGUGAUACCAUUUCUGUCCACCUAUGUGGAACAUCUCGAUCCCACACUGAUGAUAUAUCCAAGCGAACUAUCCGAUCUGGCAAGGAAUUCAUUCUACAUAAAUUCGUACAUCAAAACACAUAUGCGAGCAUCUGCCUAUAUAAUCGGUUUACUGGCUGGAUAUUUGGUUCAUGUCAUACAGAAAAAGCACAUCAGGCUCUCCCAUCGAUUGGUCCAGACCAUUUGGCUAUGUGCUGUAUUCAUCGGUACGGGCUCCAUGUACAGUGUAACCCGAUUUUAUAUAGCCCCAUAUACCAAUUUCGAAAGUAGCCUCUACGCUGGCUUCCAUAAGCUUGGGUGGAAUUUGUCCGUGGGCUGGCUGGUCAUAGCCAUAACCACGGGCCAUGCCAAUUGGCUCCAAAAAACACUUAGCAGUCGCGUGUUUGCGCCCAUAAGUCGUCUGACUUACUGUGCAUAUCUAUCGAAUGGAAUUGUGGAACUAUACCAUUCGGCUAGCAUUAGAUAUCCCACCUAUAUGGGAUUUGUAAGUUUAACCAAUAUUGUAUUUAGUCACUCCCUUAAUACAUUUCUGAUUGCAAUUGUGAUAAGUUUACUGUUUGAAUCUCCCAUUCAUGCAUUGGAGCGUAUAUUGCGACGAAAGUUUGAUAAUAAAACUGUGCGGUGCAAUCCAGGAGGAACGACCAAAACGACUAAUGAAAUGGAAUCGGGAGAACAAAAUCCAUAGAUAUGUAACUAGAAUAAAAUAAGAUUAAUUAACAAUAUUUAAGGGGUAUUUACAUUUGUGCAUAUGUGUCAGAACUUAAUCUUAAAUAUAUUAUUAAAAUGAA